AUAAUACAAAAAUAAUAUUUUUUACGUAAAAACUUUGAAAACGUUAUAUGCAUGAGUGUAUGUUGUACUUAGUGUCGAAUUAUUAAAUUUUGUAUACAUAAUUUCACUAAAAUGUCGCAUGGUAAUCCUAAGCGCAUUAAAAUAAUUGUAAUUGUACAUUUAUUGCUUAUUUGCUUCAUUGGUGAGCAACAAUUCGUCGAUGCGGCUGGCAAAAACUCGGCGCUGUCCGAAGCGAAGCUCAAGGAGAUCGCGAAAAUACGUGGUGAGCUCAAUGAAGCGCUGGAAAACGAGCAGCAAAAUACGCCGGCGAAGGGCGUAAUUGUGCAACCCACCUGGUUAGCGGAGAACGGUACAAAAACACCCAAUCUAACCAAGUUCAAAGUGGAGGUUACCCAGCAGCGUAUCGACGAAGUCCAAGCAAUACGUGAUGAGAUCAGCAAGAGCAAAGCACAUCCAACGGAGAAUGAUCAACAAGUCCAAGAACUCAUCAAAGAAUUCAAUACAAAAGGCGCUGGACGCAAGGUGCUUGAAAAAGUCGUGGGUGACGCGCAGGUCAAACCUAGUGAUGAAUUAGUAGGCGUCGCCGAGCCCAGCGAUGCAGCGGACUUGCCGAACGUGGUGGAGGCCAGCACACAGGAAGUAGAGGACUUCGAUAUGCGUAAGUUGCAGCGGUUGGAGGUUUCCAAGCGACGCGUGCGUGAAACUCUAAUACUCAAGUCCAUCGAAGAGGAUUUCAGCUUCGAUCUUGGCGACGAUGUGCAGCAGUGGGCGCAUAUAAUGCACGAUGGCGAUGAAUAUUUCAUCGGACGUCGUGAGCACAAUCUGUUGGUUGUGCAUAAGGAGCGUGCGGCAUAUCAGGCGGGUAGUGUGUUAGAAGUAGGCCAGCCGAUAACUUAUUUGCUCACCUAUUCUUUUUGGAAUGAUGCGCAAGGACAAACGGAGGGCGUAAUGCUGGUCGCGGCACAGGAUCGUGUGCUGUGGUAUCGUGUUAAUAACGCUACGCGUAAUAUUGAAUUGUAUUGGCAGUGGGUGGUGGGCAAUACCAUUACUGGACUCACCUACUUUACUGUCGAAAGCAAGGACUAUUUGAUUGUCUCUACAAAUCAGUCUUCACACACCGGCUUUUAUACGCUGAACAUCUAUCAGUUUCAGCUCAGUACGCGUGAGUUUUGGAUUGCGCAACGUAUGCAAUUGGAAUUUCCGUGCGCCGAAACCACUUUGCUCGAUACGGGACGUGAUCUAAUACUAGCCGUACCACAGAAUCACACAGCCGCCAUAUACACCUUCAAUCCGCGUGCAGAUAAUACUGAUUAUCUACGCUUCAUAUUCAAGCAGCAUAUCGCAUCCACAGGGAUUGAGUCGGUAGCUGGUUUUCGUAUGGGUGGACGUAGUUAUAUUGCUGUUGGUGGCCAGCAGCCGCAGAUCUUACUCUACCAGCAAGGUGAACUUGUGCCCAAGACAAUAUUGUCGCAAAAUUUUGGUGUCGUGCAGUUGUUCUUUCCCGUGCCGGUGCGUACGUAUCGCGACGAUCUCAUACUACUCGUGCAGCACUAUGUGGACUUCAGUACGCAUAGUCUUACCGUGCUGGAGACACUUAUUUGGGAUGGUGACGCAUUUACGCUUAGCAUACCGGUACCAUGUAAGUUGGGCGCGCACACAGUCUACGGCGCCAGUUGCAUGUUGGACAUACAACGCGACGGUGGGCUCAAGGGCGCCGCAUAUUUUAGACGCGGCGCUGAAGUGUCGUUAAUUGUGCCGCGUCACAAUGCGGAAUCGGGUCUAUUUCGUUUGCACACAGAGCUGUUGGCGAAAAAUUCGGAGUAUUUGGAUUUGCAGGAGAUCUACGCUUUCCUAAAGGAUUGGGUGCAGGAACAAGAUGAUUUGAUUGCACAAGCACAAGUUUUCCUGCAAACAACGGAGAAUGGCGUUCCGCAGUCACAGCCAGAUCUCUCUGCACUCGAGGAGCUACAAACACCGGAAUUCAGCAUAGACGCCGGCGAAGUUGGCGAAAUCUAUGUAAAUGAUUACCGCUGGACGGAUGAGGAUACACAAAUUGAUCUAGAUCUGGUGAUAACAGCCAUAGAGCAAUUGGAGGCGGAGAUAAAUAGUGGUCGUCACAGACGUGACGCGUUAACGGAAACGCUGAUCUUUCCACACCUGAAAUUCGAUAGUCUGGAAGUCGAUGAACUCUUUGUUGAGCAACAAAACGGUGAUAACUUCUAUGUACAAGAUGGUGUGCUGGAACUGGACGGUGUAUUGAAUGUGCAGAACUUGAGAGUUCUGGAACGUGUAAGUUUGGCCAAGGCACGUGCCGCUUUCGAGGAAGAUCUUGAGGACGAAGAUGAGGAUGAUGAUGGCAUAGAAAGUGAUAGUUUCGUCUUGGAUGGCGACAUUGAGUUCGAGUCGAUCAAUGGCAUGCCAUGGCGGGAUAUAAAAGAAAAUAUGGUGCUUAUAAACGAACCGGUUGAUUUGACCCAACUCGAAGUGGAUGGGGAAGUAAUACUAGCGGACAAAGUGUCUCUCACUACUCUAAACUCUUUGAGCUUCCCGGAAGACUUUCUUUGGUCCAAUGGCCCUACAGUUAGUGUUGUGCGAGCAGAGAAGACAUUCACAAGCACGCUCAGCACAAAUGCUAUGGACGUGGAGGGCUUACUAAAUGGUUUAAAUGCUUCCGAUGCCAUUACAUUACAUGGUGACCAAACAUGGCGCGGCUUACCAUCUUUUUCAGAACUCAAAGUUACCGAACUGUUUCAGCUCAAUGGCACCACGCGUGGACGUGAUAUUGGCAAAAUUCCACAUAAUCCCACGCUGCAGGACACCAAACAGGUGGAAGCAAUCUGCAGUUUCAGGGAGCUGCAAGUGCUCGGUAAGCUCGUACUUCAAGACAAGUACGACGGUCAACCCUUAGCGCCGCUACUGGCUGAUAUCGUGCAACGACCAGCUGAUCCUGCAACCGUUAUAAAUGUGAGUGCCAAAAAGCGUUUUACCGAGGUACAUAUGCCUAUAGACUUUAAAGUCUUGGAUGACAAAGUAAACGGCAUACCGUUGACGGAGUUCGUGCCGGCGCAUACGAAACAAGAUUUGUUUAUACACAAUUUACAAGCUUACUUGUAUUUCGCAAACCUUACACUUAGCGGUUACUACGAUGGUGUAGACAUUGCUGAGCUCACACAAAACGCGCUCAAGAUCGACGAGCCGGAGUCGGCUUUACACACCAAUUUGACGUUUGAAAAUGCGCUCCGAACAGAUACAGUGGAGGUCAUGAGCAGUUUGAAUGGACUGCCUAUCGUUGAGAACUACCAAACUAUAUUUGAGGAUAUGCAUUUACCCAAAGCGCACUUUGACCAACUAACUGUUAAGUUGGCUGAAAUAGAAGGCGAUAUAAAUGGUGACAGCAACGUGAUGUUGGAUGCCGUUCAAUUGACGUAUAGUCAAGCUGCUGAGGUGCCGCAAGUUGGAGACAUUUUUGUGGACGAGCUCAAGCUCGCACACGGUCUGGAGACGGAUGAGAUACAGGGCAUAAAUUCGUCUUUAAUAUGGAGCUUUAUUGAUGAUAUCGACGAGCUGCCGGAUAUGGUGUUGGACGGCAAGGUUUUGGUGGAUCAUGUCAUCGUCACAGGUGAUGUGCACGUGCAUAAAUUGAAUCAGCAACGCUUCGAUGAGGAUCUGCAAUUGACUAUUAUUUGGUUAAAUCGUCCCAACUAUCUCAGCAAUAGUCUGACAUUUGUUGCACCGCUCACCGUGCACGGUAACCUGCAAGUUGAAGGUACUUACAAUGGCGUUGAUCUACCCGACUUCAUCGAAGAUAUGGUAAUACGCACGCCCGCCAACGGUACAACGCAAAUUCUGGCGCCAAAAAGUUUUACACAAAACGUACAGGUCCAGGGUGACACUUAUGUGGACGCGCUGAAUGGCAUACAAUUCACCGAUAUUGCGACGAAGAAGACUAUUUGCAACUUUCGCGGCUCCGUACGCCUCCUGGGUAAUCUCUACGUCAACGAUCUGGAAAUUACGGGCGCCUUGAAUGCACAACCGAUGUCGGUGUUUAGCAGCGCGCUACGCUUUGAUCCCGCGGCGCAAGCUUUCAUCGUGCAGGGCGUCGUAAACUUCAAUACGCCACAAGUGCAACUACAAGACUUAACAGUGUUUGGCGCACUCAAUGAUAUGCCAGAUCUGGCGCAUUUCUUCGACGAAUUGGUGUACAAGGAUAAAGCUUGUAUCCUGAAGGGUCGAAAUACUUUCAGCGGACGUGUUGGCAUAGAUAAGGGCGCGUACAUACGCAACUUGAACGGUUACAACUUGCUGGCGCUCUUCGCCAAUAUCGUCUAUGUGAAUGAGCCGCAGCCGGUGUUGAUCAAGGCGCCGUUAACUUUCAAGGGACCGGUGCGUGCGCACACUUUGUUGGUGCGCGAGGAGCUGGUGGCCUCUAUUUUGAAUGGUCAUACGUUGCUUGAGUGGUUCACAGACACUUUGCGGCUCGAUCGUCCGCAGGAGAUAACUAAAUACCUCACAUUUGCACCAGGCAGCUUAAAUGGCAAUAGCUUCUAUGCCAGUUUUUUGAACGACAUUGAUCUGUCACAAAUCGUCACGCUUCAUACAGCUCAGAAUCUAACAGGAAACAUUACAUUUUCCGAACUCAACUUAAAUGGACAGAUACAUGUAAAAGGCGCGAUUAACGGCGUGGACUUACAGAAGGAAUACGAAAAUACUUUAAUGAAACAUGGCAACCAAAUAGUUAACACACCGCUCACACUUCAAUCGGCUUUGGUGCGAAAAACUCUCAAGACAAAUGCGCCGAUAAACAAUGAUAAGGACCUAAAACAGGUGGCAACACUUUAUGGUGAUCAGCACUUUGAAUCAACACUGUACUUUGAAAAUGUCGCAGCACAGGAAUUGAAAACGAAAUACCAUGUCUCUGGUAUAAAUAUGGAUGAAUGGUUUGAAAACGUGCUGCGUGUGCGCGACAAGCCGCAACAAUUCAUAACCGGCAACUGGAGUGCGCGCAUCUUGACUGUGAACUCGGGACCCACACUGCCUAGCUACAUGACUGCUGGACGGCGCAAGCCGCUUAACUUCGGCGCGCUACUACGCAAUGCGCGUGAAGACGCGGACUAUGUAGAUUUAUGUGAAAAGUUUAGAACUUUGGUGAAGAGCCAGCAGAAGCGCGGUUACCACUUGAAAUACUUGGAGCGCGCGUUCGAAUUAGACAUGCACGCAAUUAGUAAAGAGCAGAUGUCGGAAAACCUUACCAUAAAAGCAGCGUUUGUGCUAGAAAAAGCGAGCGAUAACUAUUUGCUCAUAAAUACAGGCGAGCGCACGCAUGUAAUGAAAUGGAAAGCGCAUACCUCAAAGUAUGAGAGUGUCGUCGACUUUGUCGCGGGACAGUUGGAUCAGGCGGUAACGGUUGACGAUACAACAACAAUAACAAACACCAUUGACUUUGUAACCAACAAAGCAGGCGCCGAGGGCACGCUCAAUUCCUGGCGCCUAACUGGUACACAGCUAACUUUGCUAAAGACUUUCGAAAAACCCGCAACAGAUUUGUGGCUUUCAGCGCAUGCACCACCAAAAUUGUAUGCCGUACACGAUGACACAGUGUAUGGUUAUAACUUAGUUGAACAGGCGCCCACCAGCACCUGGUUGCUGCCCAAUUGGUUGGGCAAUGCUAGCUACCGCUUUGUGCCGCACCACUCGCAGGCGCUCAUGCUUAGCAAUGGCGAAGUGAUAUUGCUCUACAAUGAUGACACUGAGGACGAUGAAGACGCGUUAAAUGCGCGCGGUAAGCGCACCACAUUGCCGCGUUACAGCCUGCCGCUCUACUACCAGCGCGUGCUCAGUCCGCAGGCUAACAAAUUAAGCGGAACAGUGCUCAAACCCAAUGCAACUGAGUCGCACAUUUACCACUUUGCUGAUUUCCGGAAUGUCAUCUUACAAGUGCUAGAUGAUCUGGAUUAUCGUUUGCGACUGGAGGUGAACAUCACACAGCUCAGCAUACCGGAGACGGAUUUGCACGACGAACACUUAGUGCCGGAUUUCAUUGCCAUUAUGGAAGCGUUGCGUGAACAGCAAAUCUAUCCGAAUGCGAGCUUUGAGCAACUCGAGUGGCAUGUGCACGAGUUGCCAGAAAAUCCUGCACAAAUUUUAGCCGCGCGCACAGUGCAAAUCUUAUGGCCGCACAUUGUGGAUAUGGCGGAAAUACAAGGCUACCUCGCGACAAAUGACGACGAAACGGAUAUGACGGUGGCGACGAUAGUCGACAAUUUAGGCACCACAGUACGCGAUGUGCUCAUAUUGGCUAAUAGUAAAGAGCAAGUUGAUGAGCUGAUCGACGAUAAUGCCAUGGCAACGCAUGCUUUGGAACUAAGUUUGGUUAUUGAGCGUGUGCGCGCGCUGCAGCGCUAUCUGAGAAAUACCGCGCGCACGCUUAGAAAACAGUUGUUGGAGGAGGCGACCGUAGUUACUACAACGGAAGCGCCAACCGAUGACGGAUUUGAAAUGUUUGCGAGCGCAACCAGCGACAACAACGAAUUAGUACAGCGCGCGAUUGUAAUGCCGCCCAAUUUCAGCGAGCUGCUCAUCGCUAAUGCUACUUGGUUGAAAUUCUACAGUAAAAAUUUACCAGCGCUUGGCAAAGGUGAAAUUUUACCCAUUACAGUGUUGACGCAACAAACGCCGUUGGAAUUACUCGCGGUUACUUUGCCGGCGCCGCAGCUUGUGGGCGCUCAUCAAGCGGAAAUAGUUUUAUAUUUGGACGUUUUGAGCGGCACGCGCUUUCAAACUAUAAGCGCACUUCAACCGCGCUCUCUCAUUACCAUGCAAAUAGUUAGCGAAACCUUGUUGGCCUACGUGGAGGACUGUUGUACAGUGCGCGUGUUAGCCUACCGCGGCGUAGAAGGCUUCGUAGAGUUUACGCGCUUUAAAAGCGCUGAACGCGUGUUGAAAGUAUUUUCGGUUAUGCUGCAGGGCAGCGAUAUUCUGGUCACGCAACCGCAUUUAGCCGUCGCGCUUGCCGAUCGUGUUGUAUUCUAUCGCUUUGUAGGCGCAGGCGCGUCCUUGCGCGUACCUACAAACUUCAUUUGCUCUUAAAAAAAUUGUGUAACUUUAAUGUUUCUGCUUAUUAUGCAAAUAAAGUUAGAAAUUAUAUUUUUUUUG